AUGGCAGAAUAUGAAGCUUGUGCUAUGGGAACUUUGGUGGCUUUGGAAUCAAAAGCGAAAGUUCUGGAAGUAUAUGGAGAUUCAACCCUAGUCAUUAAUCAGCUUAACCAUGAAUGGGAAACUCGAGAUAAGAAGUUAAUACCUUAUUUUACCUACAUAAAAGAAUUGUCUUUACAAUUUGACAAAAUCACUUUUCACCAUGUCCCUCAAGAAAACAAUCAAUUGGUUGAUGCUUUGGCUACUUUAUCCUCGAUGUUCCAAAUAAGUCAAAAUGAUGAAAUCCCAUCAAUUAAAAUGGAGAGUCGAGAUCAUCCUGCCUACUGCCACGUAAUGGAAGAAGAAAUCGGCGGAAAAUCGUGGAAUCACGACAUUAAACAUUAUCUUAUAAAUAAAGAAUAUCCUCCCGCAAUAUCGAAGAAUGAUAAAAGAAUUCUGAGACAGUUAAUCGCAAGAUUUUUCGUGAAUGAAAAUAUUUUGUAUAACACUACAAGAAAUAUUCAGUUUUACGACACUUGGCCUGCGACGAUUCUUCCUUAA